AUUGUCAUUGUGCUUUUGACAGCUGUGUGUGCGAGUUGUGCAGUGCUAUUACGUACAGUGUUUUUCACGAUUUUCUCUCUAUUAGAAAAUUAUUGACUAAACAACGAACCCUUUUAGUGUCAAAACUCUUCAAAUAAAACCACUCACUUUAUUACCAACCUCUUUAAAGUGUACUUUUCUGUGAUUGUUUGAACAAAAAAGUUGAAAUAUUUUAUGAAAACGUCGCUGGAAUUCAUAUGCGAAAUGUUGCUGUUCGCGUGAUGUGAGCGCGUGACGUGACAAGAUGGCGGUGGGUGAGGCGCGCGUGCCGCUACUGCACGGCGAGCGACCCCCGCAGCCGCACAGGGGUGACACCCGGGCGCCUCCUCACGACCGAUACGAAGCAGAGUCUCCAGCCCGCAAAGCGCCGCUGGACCACUCGUCACUGGGCGGCGGCGUGACCGUGGUAACGUCAUUGAUAGCCGGAGCCACCGCCGGCGCCAUCGCCAAGACUGCCAUAGCGCCUCUAGACAGGACUAAGAUUAACUUUCAGAUCUCCCAAACCCCCUACUCCUGGCGAGCAGCAAUAAACUUCCUGAUCAAGAGCGCCCGCACCGAGGGCUUCCUGGCGCUAUGGCGCGGCAACAGCGCCACCAUGGCUCGCAUCAUACCGUACGCCGCCAUCCAGUUCACCGCGCACGAGCAGUGGAAGAAACUCCUCAAGGUCGAUACUCCGCAAAGCGCCAAAGCACACCCCAUCCUGCACCUGGUCGCCGGGUCCCUGGCGGGCGUGACGUCACAGUCCGCCACGUACCCGCUCGACGUGGCCCGCGCCCGCAUGGCCGUCACCAACACACGCGAGUACAGCUCGCUGAGAUGUGUGUUUGUGACAGUGGCGAGGGUUGAGGGCUUGAGGACGCUGUAUAGAGGUUACUCGGCGACCGUGCUAGGCGUGAUUCCUUACGCCGGCGUCUCCUUCUACACGUACGACACGCUCAAACACAAGUACCAAGAGUAUUUCGGCAAGCCGCAAGGCGCGGUGGUGAACGUGUGCCUCGGGGGCACCGCCGGCGCCAUCGCGCAGACCGCCUCCUACCCGCUCGACAUCGUGCGGCGCCGCAUGCAGACCGCGCGGCGCCGCCCCGACGGCACAUACCCGUACGGCAGCAUCGCUGAUACACUCGUCAUGGUGUAUAAAUCAGAAGGCUGGCGCGGCUUCUUCAAGGGCCUCAGCAUGAACUGGGUGAAAGGGCCCAUAGCUGUCGGUAUAUCUUUCGCUACCUACGAUGCCAUUAAAAGCACCCUCAGAGAUAUCGCCGUACAUUUUAAUAGCUAGUCUAUAGAGAAAAUAUAUCAAAUAAACAUACCUACCAUAUGACAGGUCUAAAUAUAUUUGAGGUGGAGAAUAAUGGGCAAGAACAUAUUUGAAAAUGCUACAUUUAUUAAUGAGAUUUGAGAUGGAGAAGAAAAUUAGAAGGAUUUAUGAAAUACUCCAAAACCUUCUCUUAUGAUGGGGUCAAAUAGGUUGGUUCAGAAUAGAUUGGGGUGGAGAAGAUUGGGCAAGAAAUAUUUCAAUGCUCCCACAACGUUCGAGUUGAUGCCUUCUGGUAAAGGCAUAGCGACUUUAAGAGAAGUUUUAUGAAGAAGAAUGGCAUGUUGCAAUACCGUGGAGAAGAUUGGGCUAGUCUAUAUAAAAUGUCAACUGUGUAGUAACAAGGCAGGUGAAAGCUUAUAGAUUGUUUCUAGGGCGAUAAAAAAUUCUGCGAAUUGAGGACUGUUUUUUUGGAAGUCGGUUAAAAUGUAUAAUGAAAGAUUAAUCACGAAGUUCUUCCAGUUUUUUGACACUCAAUUUUGACACGUAGAAAUGUUGUAAAAUAGAUUUUUGGCGAAAUUAAAUAAUAGAAGUGGUUCAACAGACUUUUUAAAUAAUGUCAAUUCAAUUUCUUAGCUUUCGAUGUUAGAUUUGACUGAAAACGACAAUAAUAUUCUAACGAUUGAUAUUAUAGAAAUAUCUUUACUUCUAAGUCAGAAAAGUCAGACCAUGUCAGAAACUAACCUUCUAACAUUUGAACACAUUUUUAGAAUAUAAAAAUCAUGUUAGACGUUUAAGUUGACAGGUCAGAAAAGUCUGAUAGUUCUGACGUCAGAAUCACUUAAAAAAAUCGCACCAUGUAAUAUAGCAAAUUGUUGAUUGUCACUGUUUAUAUAAAUCGCACGUCAUGCGCACGGAAUCGUCAAAUGACGAUUGGUUGCAUCUUGCGUUCAAACAAUAGAAUGUCUGACUUCACAGCGGCGAAGUUAUUUGACGACUUUAGAUGUUUUUCUGUGCAAGAUGCAAUGAAUCGUCAUUUACGAUUGCUUGCUCAUGACGUGCAGUCUACAUGAAUACUGCGUAAGUGUACUUUAACGCACACAUAGAUAUUAUUAUAUUAAGUUUAGUUUUUAGAUUGUUUCGUUCACCUUAAUAUAGUCAGUGGUGCUCAAAAAUUAUUUCUUAACCUAAUAUUUCAUGAGUUUUCUCUAUAACUACUGCACCGAUUUCAAUAAUUCUUUCACUUACAUAUAGCUAUAUUGGGUUUAUUAGGUAAAGUUUUAUCUGCAUAAGAAGAAGCUAUGGGCAGAAGGUAGUCUAAAUGGUGUAUGGAGUUAGAAAUACUUCAGUAUUUUAGAGCAUUUUUUACUUUGUUUAUAAGCCCUAAUGUAUUGUUGUUAGUAUUAGGUAGUAAUUAUCCAGUUUUCAUCAUAUAACUUUGCAUGUCCGAAGUGCUAUUCGCGACUGCAGUUAAAAUCAGAGAAAGGCAGUGUUUUAACUAAAUGUCUUACUUAAUUAGUAUUUCCUUAUAAAUACCUAUCUGUAAAAUUUAAAGUUACUCUUUGGUUUGAAAAGAAGGAUAUGAACCCUAAAUAGCAAUCAACUUUUUUCCUAUGUUUUUUCUUAUAAAUUGAACCUCUUCUUUAAAAGUUUGAGUAUCACUGACUAUAUCUAAGAAUUAACUCACUGUGUAUAGAUUGUGUAUAUGAAUUGUUAUGUUUGUGAAUAUUCGGUAAAUAGUAUGUAAAAUAUAGUGCAAUAAAACUAUUUAAAUUGUCAAUAUGUAAAUUAUAUAGCAAAGUUAUGAGUUAUGAAAUAAAAUACAUAAUUUUCUUAAUUAUUUAACUAAAGAUACUAAAUUGUUUUAAAUAUUGACAAUUUUAAGUAGGUUGAGGCCCAGAGUUCACCAUAGUGGAGAAGUUUUUAAACUACUGAGUGGGCGGUGACGAUAUGUUUGAGUAACGAAAUUCUAUUGGUUGCAUAAAACCUUCUCCGCUCCGCUGUGGAGAAGUCUGGGCCUUGUAUUAUUUAUGUAUGUAUGUAUUAAGUUUUUAUCAUAUAUUUUUUGUUUAUACACAUUUCAUAUAUCUACCUAAGUUAUGUAUUUUUAAAAUGCACAUAAAUAUCUCAAGGUUUUUUAUAUUAAAAUAAUCAUCAAAACGCAUAAAUGUUUAGGAGAAAAUAUCAAAAUGUUAGAAAAAAUUAUGAAAAUAUGUUUCGUGUGUUCAAAAACUUUUUGAGAUUCUACUUUAUGAGAUUAUGUAAAAAAUGGAGUUUAAUAUAGUAAUUAUAAUAUUUGUUUUGGUAUCAAAUUAAAAAAAUACGUUAUAAAAUUCUUAUCACAUAAUUAUGUCCUUUUUAAUUUAUUUAUUAUUUAUCUGGCGUCAAAUUUUGUGCAAUUUAGAAAUAAUUUUUGGUGAGUUCUUGUGCAAUAUCGCUCAAAAUUACACUUGUAUGUUUGCGGAACCCUAAUUUUUGUAUUUCUAGUCCUUCAACUAUAUGCAAAUCGAGUUAGACUCAUUUAUUUACUACUUUUGUUUAUUUGUAUAGUUCUAUGUUUAAGGAAAGUAUUAAUUUUAUUAUUGUUUGCUGACAACUGAGAUAUGCAAUAUAGUGAAACCUAUUUAUACUCCGUUUGAGGCACUUAAUUAUAGGUAAACCAUCUUGAUAGGGCGUUACACAAAUACAUACAUAUUAAACAAACAAACUACUGCUUCAAUUAAUUAAAUUAAUGUAUUUACAUGGAUUUUUAACUUAAAAGAAAGUCAUAUCAAUAUUGUUUACCAUCUCAGUUGUCAGUCGGUUUAGCUAUAACACAUAGUGACUGCUAAAUAAAUGUAUAGAAAUGUGGAAUAAAUGUUUAUUAUAUACCUUAA